CGCCCACAGCGCGUGCGCGGGGCGGGCGGAGCGCCGGCUCCGGGAGCGCGGGGGGGGCGAAGCGGCGGCACCGACACCGACAGCGGCAUUGGCACCUCACCGGGGCUCGCAGCCUUCGCCGGGGAGGAGGAGGACGAGGAGAAGCAGGAGGAGGCGGAGAGAAGCGGUCGCGGUCGCGGGUGCCGCCGCGGGGAGCGGAGCGAGCGCGGGGCGGCGGCGGCGGCUCCUCCAUCAUGUCGUCGGGCGGGGACUUCGGGAACCCGCUGCGGAAAUUCAAGCUGGUGUUCCUGGGCGAGCAGAGCGUGGGGAAGACUUCCUUGAUCACCAGGUUCAUGUAUGACAGCUUUGACAACACCUACCAGGCAACAAUUGGCAUUGACUUCUUAUCGAAAACCAUGUACUUGGAGGAUCGAACAGUACGGUUGCAAUUAUGGGACACAGCAGGUCAAGAGCGGUUCAGGAGCUUGAUUCCUAGCUACAUUCGUGACUCCACUGUUGCAGUUGUUGUUUAUGAUAUCACAAAUGUAAACUCCUUCCAGCAAACCACAAAGUGGAUCGAUGAUGUCAGAACGGAACGGGGCAGCGAUGUCAUCAUCAUGCUGGUGGGAAAUAAAACAGAUCUAGCAGAUAAGAGACAAGUGUCCAUUGAGGAAGGAGAAAGGAAAGCCAAAGAGUUGAAUGUAAUGUUCAUUGAAACUAGUGCAAAAGCAGGAUACAAUGUAAAACAGCUUUUCCGACGCGUGGCAGCUGCCUUGCCUGGGAUGGAAAGCACACAAGACAAAAGUAGAGAAGACAUGAUUGACAUAAAACUGGAAAAGCCUCAAGAGCAGCCUGUCAGUGAAGGAGGCUGUUCCUGCUAAUACCAUGUGGCUUCCACCUUUCUCCAGAGCAUCACUGCUUUCCCUCCCUGUCCUCUUCAUUGACUGCAGUGUGAAUAUUGGCUUGAACCUUCCCCUUUCCGUAAUAACGUAUCGCAGUUCAUCAUCGCUGGCUGUCUCGUGGAGAUGAUCUUUAGCUUCACAAGCACACCCCCCCCACACACACAAACACACACCAACAAAAUGUCAGUGUCUUCAUUAUUUAUAAGAAAAAAAAAAAAAGCCAAAAUAUUCCACCGUAUUCUAGGUAUAACUUUAAAAAAAAAAAAAGAAAAAAAAACAAAAGCAAAAAAAAGAAAAAAAUCCAAACAAAAAAAUAGGUACAAUUUCUUAAUAUUUGUUCCUUUUUUAAUAUGUUAUGGUAUUGCACUUUGAAAUGAUGGCAACUGAGUAAGUUUGGAAUUGGACCCAGACGAGAUGUAUGUGCAGAAGAAGGCUUGUAAAUCUGACCCAUUGGAUUUCUCUCAGAAACUGGGAAUGCAUAGACAGCAGGCGGAAUCACGGGGGGAGGCGGCAGAUGCCGAGGGUUAAACGCUUAUCCUUGAUAAUUAAACAGAAAUUAACCCCAAGCUCUUAAUUGCGUUGAGCAGAGCGAGUCUGCCUGGUGUCCAGACCCAGGCUGGCUUUAGCAGGGGUUUGACACUCCCGGCUGCUGGAGCUGGGAAUUCUUGCCAAGGCAGUGGGGACACAUUUCCAAGGAGGCAUUGCUGGGAAAUACGGACGGGCUCUUAGGGAUGAGUGGCUUCUGGAGGAUUUGGGGGGGAAGGGAAGGUUGGAUGUGCAUUAGCAAAACACUUGCAGGAAACAGGGAAAUAAUGUUUCGAGUGCAAAAUGAGUUUUCAGAGCUUUUUUUUUUUUUUUUUUUCUUUUUUAAGUAGAACACCAAUGAAGUGAAUUAUUACUGCCCAAGAGAUGGGAACGUAAUGGUUCAGCUGUUUGGAGGAGAAAGCAUUUUGCUACUUUGUUUUUUUAGGGGAAAUACUGAAAUCAGGACUGGCACUAAAACCUGCCAAAGCCGACUGAAACCUUGGAAAUUUGGGAGAAAGAGGGAAGAGCAGCUGGCUGCCCCAGCAGAGGGGGAAUGACACCCGCUUUUCCAGAGCGCGGGCAUAAGUCAGUGGGGAAGGGGUGUUUACUUUGAUCCUACAGAAUCCUAGUUGGGACAUCUUAGAUGGAAAGGGAGGGACUUGAGUAGGAUGGAAACCAACUUCUGAUUAUGCAGAUUUAUGCCUUUAUUUUUUAGCUCUUUUUUUUUUUUUUUUUUUAUGUUCAGUCUUCCAGGUUGGUUUAGUUUGGUUCUCUAGAGCUGUAUAGUUUGGUUACAUAAUUAGUAAUUUAGUUUUCUACGGAAUUAGGCUCACAAUUAACCCUUUUUCCUUUGAUAUUUAUUUCUCGGCUUUGAUUUUUUUACUCCUUUCAGUGCUGAUUUUGUUGUUUUCCUUUGGCUGAGGAAUCUGUGUAGAGCUUUGCUGAUGUUGCGAGAUGUAGCUACCCGAGAAACACGGAAUGGAACACACUAGAAGUGCACCCUUUUAAUCUUUACUAGUCAUUGUGAAGUUGCUGUGUAAGUUAAUAAACACAAUUGUAAAUACAUUGUUUGCUGGGCGACUCUGGCCGAGUUACAGUGCAGGAAGGAAUUCUCGAGUCUGUGUUGCGAUUGUGAAUUAAAUGGACAAUUGCAAGGGAAUAUUCAGGCUCCUCCUUGGUUCUCUUCUGCCCCUCUCUCUACCAUCUAAAAUAACCACCUGGGGGAGAGGAAGGGAAUCAUCCUCACCACCACUUUCCCCAGGAAGCGGGCAUAAAAGAGUUGGAAUUCUUCAUUCCUGAGGUGAAUGCCAGGCUCAUGCCCUGCCCUGGGUUUCUAGCAACUCUGCACAACAAUAACGUAAAGGCAGAACGAGAUGUAAAAGUGCUUUUCUAAUGCAAUAUUAAAGGCGAAUUUUUUUGACGUGGCAUGUCUUGAAAUAAACAUCAAUGAUAUGUGACAAA